AUGAUUGAUUCCGUGAAAUCGAACUUGUGGCCACAGUUUCUCCUCAAAAGAGAUCAGAGAUUGCUUUGUGACGUUCCAAUGGCGAAUGACAAUACCAUACCAGAGGGAGACGCUGAAGAACGCUACUUUCACGGCUUUGAACGAUCUGACACAUUCGAAAGUCUUUGGUUUCGACUGGAAGUGCUAGAAAAAUGGAAUGAAUUGGCCAUCCGACCGUCCUCGUCGGACUGCCAUCCAGAUGAUAUGCCUUUGUUGGAACAAGAAGUGGACGAUCUGCAGGAACUGCAAAGACGGUGCUCCCUUGUUCGACAGGAAAUGAAUGAUAAUUUGCCUCCCGUGGAAUAUGUAUUGGACGAGUAUUUGAUACCAAAGCCAAGCCGUAUUCCAGAUGCCGGGCUAGGAUUAUUCUAUGAGCCGUCAUCUGCUAUACCUACGGAUCCAAUCCAACCAGGAACAACGUUAUGCUAUUACACUGGCCACUUGCAUAGCUUCAAGUCAUCUAGGGAACUGAAGGAUACAUCCUACUUGAUGAUGGUUCAUGACGGAGUCCUAGUCGAUCCAGGACCAGUCCAGAGGAUCAAGGCGCGUUACAUCAACGAUCCACUGAAUGAAGAGUUGACGAAUUGCAAAUAUGUUCUAGAUGGUUGCCGUUCAGCUAUCGUAUCCACGAAGAUUAUUGAAGCUGGUGACGAACUCUUUGCGGCAUAUGGUGACUUUUACUGGAAGGGGAAGUCGGAUGGAAGAACAUUGCCAUCUGAGUCCAAGCCGAACAACAUAGCUCGAUCGCAUUAG